AUGCCUACCAUUGGUGUUGACAAGUACAGGCUCUUCGAUGCUCUCGGUCAAAAAUUCACGACCGAGGAGUUUGAGGACCUCUGCUUCGAAUUCGGUAUAGAGCUCGACGAGGACACGGAGAAUGACGACCGCCCCAUUGUCGACGGCGUCCAGGAGCCGGCCCAGCUCAAGAUUGAGAUCCCCGCCAACCGCUACGAUAUGCUCUGCUUCGAGGGCAUUGCCCUCAACCUCAAUAUCUUCCGCGGCCGCACGUCGCCCCCUAACUUCCGCGUCGUCGCGCCUAAGAGCGAGGAGCAGCAGACCAUCUACGUGAAGCCAGAGGUGGCCCAGAUUCGACCUCUCGUCGCCGGUGCCGUCCUGCGCGGCAUCAAGUUCACCAAGGAGCGCUACGAGUCCUUCAUUUCCCUGCAGGACAAGCUGCACUCUAAUCUAGCCCGCAACCGCACCCUGGUCGCCAUUGGAACCCACGACCUCGACACCAUCCAGGGUCCCUUCACCUACGAGGCCCUGACCCCCAAGGACAUUCGCUUCGUGCCCCUCAACCAGACGCGCGAGAUGAAUGGCGAGGAGCUCAUGGCCUUUUACGAGGACGACAGGAACCUGGGCCGCUUCCUGCACAUCGUCCGCGACUCGCCCGUCUACCCCGUCAUCUACGACUCCAAGAGGACAGUGUGCUCGCUGCCGCCCAUCAUCAACAGCAACCACUCUAAGAUUACGCUUGACACGACCAACGUUUUCAUCGAGAUGACAGCUACGGACGCAACCAAGCUACAGAUUGUCACCGACAUGAUGGUGACCAUGUUCUCCGAGUACUGUUCCGAACCAUUCACCGUCGAGCCUGUCCGCAUCGUGUCGGAGCACAACAACCAGUCGCGCGUCACACCCUCGCUCAACCCUCGCGUCGCCCAAGCCGACAUCGACUACCUCAAUAGCUGCACCGGUCUCACCGAGGCCCCCGAAGCCCUCUGCAAGCUCCUCCGCAAGAUGGCCUACGAGGCCAAGCAGUCAUCGAGCAACCCCAAGGUGUUGGAUGUGUCUGUCCCUGUGACACGGCCCGACGUGCUGCACCAGUGCGACAUCAUGGAGGAUCUGGCCGUAUGCUACGGCUUCAACAACCUGCCGCGGACAGCGCCCAGCCGCAGCGCCACGGUGGGCGCUCCUCUCUUGGUGAACAAGCUGGGUGACAUUGUGCGCGUCGAGUCGGCCAUGGCCGGAUGGAGCGAGGUGAUGCCGUUGAUUUUGUGCAGUCAUGAGGAGAACUUUGCUUGGCUCAACCGCGAGGAUGACGGCACGACGGCCAUUCGCCUAGCCAACCCCAAGACACUCGAGUACCAGAUGGUCCGCACAUCCCUCUUGCCUGGUCUGCUCAAGACGCUUCGCGAAAACAAGGGCCACAGCGUGCCUAUGAAGAUCUUUGAGGUGUCCGACGUCGGCUUCAAGGACGAGACGGUCGAGCGCCGCGCCCGUAACGAGCGCCACUUCGCCGCAGCCUGGUGCGGCAAGACCAGCGGCUUCGAGGUGGUCCACGGUCUGCUGGACCGCAUCCUCCUCAUGCUCCGCAUCCCGUUCCUCCCCGAGCUGCAGGGCGACAAAGCCAACAAGGCAGACGGCUACUGGAUCGAGGAGCUCAACGAGGACACCUUCUUCCCCGGGCACGCUGCCGCCGUGCACUUCCGUCUCGCAGGAAAGGAACGUCGCAUCGGCGAGUUUGGAAUCCUCCACCCUUCUGUGCUCGAAAAGUUCGACCUAAGAUACCCCGUCAGCACACUCGAGAUUAACCUCGAAGUCUUCCUGUGA